AUGGCUCAAUCGUCACAGUGCUUCCUUCCUCGCUUCGCCACUGCCAUUGAUGGAUCUAAGCGCCCGGUGUCGAUGAAAACGAGACCGACUUCUUCGCAAAAUGCGCAGUUAUUAACCGCAUGGCACGAAGGUCGCCUCACUUCGGUAUUGCAGGCUACUUGGGCUCUGGUCCUGCAUUACUAUCUCCGCACUGAGGAUAUCUCCUUCGGCUACCAACACAUCGACGGUGACACAACCUGCUCUCGAAACCAUGUACAGAGGUCCAGCAUUGCCAACCUGUCGACUGUCCGAGUCGCGAUUGAUGAGAACGAUUCCAUUCAGCAAAUUGUAGAUAAAGUGUGGAAGAACCUCAAAAAUGGAAAUCUCGAGACAGCCGAGGGCUCAUUGCCGUUCAACACCAUCUUGAUGCUGCGCACAUAUCGGAAGUCGGAUUCGUCUUCCUCCAAACCAAUGUUGGCAACUGCUCUUCCCGAACAGUGUCAAGUUCGUCUCCACGUCAAGGUGCUCCGCAGGGACAUCAACAUCUUCCUCGAAUGGCGCAACGGGGAUAUGUCCGGCGAGCAAAUGAAGAGUGUCGCCUACAUCUUCCAACAGGUCCUGACCAAAAUCCUUUCCUCGGAAAACACCGCUAUUAGCAAGCUUAAUUUGUUUUCCGAGAACGAUUGGCAGCGCAUCCAAAAGUGGAAUUCUCACACGCCGAAGUUGUAUGACCGCUGCAUCCAUGACGCCAUUCAUGACCAGGCUGUUACCGGGCCAGAAAGAGAGGCGGUUUGCGCCUGGGAUGGAAAAUUGACCUUCGGGGAGCUUGAUCACUUAGCUUCCAAGUUAGCGUGCCACUUGCGGAUGCAGGGCGUUGGCCCUGAAGCCCGCGUGGCUCUGCUUUUUGAUAAAUCUAAAUGGAACAUCGUUGCAAUGCUUGGUGUCAUGAAGGCCGGUGGCGCCUUCGUUCCAUUGGACCCGACACACCCAACCUCCCGCCUUCAGCGUCUGAUUGAAUCCGUUAAGGCAUCGGUUGCGUUGUGCUCGGGGAACCAUGAAGAGGCUCUCCGGCCUGUUGUCAAGACCUUAAUUCCCUUGUGCACUGAGACCAUGGACCGGUUGGCGGACCCCGCCGAUGGGGUGGACCUUGCAUCUGGUGUCACCAGCCAGAAUGCCGCGUAUGUUCUCUUCACUUCCGGAUCUACGGGGGAACCCAAGGGAACGCUUUUGGAGCACCGCGCGUUUCUCUCCAGUGCCCAGGCCCAUGGCCCAAGCCUUCUUAUCUUUCGGGAUUCCAGAUGUCUUCAAUUUGCAGCUCAUACCUUCGAUGCGAGCUUGGCGGAAUCAUUGACCCCACUGAUCCACGGUGCGUGUGUUUGCAUUCCCAGCGGGGAGGCGAGGUUAAAUGAUAUCGUCGGCACGAUCAACGAAAUGCGUGUCACCCAGGCUUGCUUUACCCCAUCAUUCAUCAGCUUUAUCGACAUUGAGAGUGUGCCUGGAUUGCAAGCUCUUGUCUUGGCCGGAGAGGCAAUGUCGCAAUCCCAGCUGGCUACCUGGUCGAAAAUUAAAUUGGUCAACGGAUAUGGGCCUACCGAGGCCAGCGUCGCAUCUGUGAUGAACACAGGUGUAACACCCGACACCGAUUGCAAGGACAUUGGAAUGCCUGUUGGUGUAAAAGCAUGGCUUGUGGAUCCUGAAAAUCACGACGAGCUGGUACCCGUUGGCUGCCCUGGUGAACUUCUCCUUGAAGGGCCAACGUUGGCUCGAUGCUAUAUCAACAACCCGGAGAAAACAAGGGAGUCAUUCAUCUACGACCCUGCUUGGACGAAGAUGGAUAAAUCAGGGGCCAUGAAUCGGAGAUUUUACAAGACUGGAGAUUUGGUGCGAUACAACUCGGAUACGGGCUCUCUCAACUACGUCGGGCGGAAAGACACGCAGGUCAAAGUUCACGGCCAGCGCAUUGAACUUGGAGAAAUCGAGACCCAGUUGACACAAGACCCAAAAAUUACUCAUUGUUCCGUCCUUUUCCCUAAGGCUGGCUUUUCUAAGGGCAGACUGGCAGCUGUCGUUUCUUUCGCAGGGCUGCUGGCCGAGCAAGACCAGAGUGAUUUGGAGCCUUUGGGACUCAUUCCUAGGCAGCUGAAACUUGAACUUAUUCCAGGAAUUCGUGAAAGGCUUUCAGCACGCCUUCCGACUUACAUGGUACCCGCUGUCUGGUUGUGCGUACAAGAAAUGCCACUUCUGCCAUCCGGGAAACUCGACCGGAAAGGAAUUGCAAGCUGGGUGACAAGUAUGGAAAGCGAUCCCGAUGUUGGAAAAGCCAUUCACAGUCCUUCAUUGGGUGCAGAGGUCUCUCAGCCCGGAAAUUCAACAGAGGAUGCCCUGGCCGCUGUUUAUAGCCGUGUUCUUAAUAUUCCGCAGAAUCUCGUCAGUCUCAACGAGAGCUUUCUCGCUCUUGGUGGUGACUCGAUCGCUGCUAUGACUUGCAUUGGACUUUGCAAGAAGCAUGGAAUUGGGUUGUCUGUGCAGGAAGUACUUCGGAGCAAGUCAAUCCGUGAUCUCGCUACCCGUGCCAAAGCGAUCGAACAUGGCACCACUUACCAAGAAGCCGUCGACGAGCCCUUCAAUUUGUCACCUAUUCAAUUGCUACACUUUGGUGUGCGCAAAGAGGGCCAGGGUCAUUUUAACCAGGGAAUCCUGACACGUUUGAGCAAGCCAAUUGAUGAAAGCAUUCUGCAGAAAGCCAUCGAUACCCUUAUUACCCGACACUCCAUGUUGCGGGCGCGAUUCGACGAUAGUGGUGCAGCUGGCGCUUCAGCUCAACGAACCACCCGUGAUGUCAACGGCUCAUAUCGAUGGCGCACCCAUACCGUUGCGAAUAUGGAUGCGAUUAAGCCAUUCAUAGGAGAGAGCCAAACAAGCAUCAAUUGCUUUUCAGGUCCGCUGCUGGCAGUCGACUAUUUCCGCAUGCAGAAUCAGAGUCAGCCUCACAUUCUGUCUAUGACCGCCCACCAUCUUGUUGUUGAUAUCGUGUCAUGGAAAAUCAUCCUUGGAGACUUGGAAGAUCUUGUUCUAAACCCAGAGAAGUCUGCCGCUGCUCAUGGGUCGCUACCGUUCCAGACUUGGUGUCGUCUCCAAGAAGAACACUCCAAGAGCCUGGCCAUCGAAGGAAGAGUCCCGACUGAUCCGCUGCCGAUCAUUGACUUCGGCUACUGGGGAUUGAAGGAUAAGAAGACAACAUAUGGUGAUGUCGACUGCGCUGCUUUUGAGAUUGAUGAGGCUCAUACCAAGUCAAUUCUCCUUGAUUGCCACAAGGCCCUAAAUACCGAGCCAAUUGACUUAUUCCUUGCAUCAAUGCUACAUUCCUUUGGUCACGCCUUCCAAGAUCGGUCUUUGCCCGUCAUUUACAACGAGGGCCAUGGACGUGAAGUCUGGGAUCCUUCAAUCGACAUCUCGCACACCGUUGGUUGGUUUACCAUCCUUCAUCCAAUCUUUGUCAACGGAUACAAAUCAGAUGAUCCCAUCGACACUCUUAUUCAGGUGAAAGAUCUUCGCCGCAGGGUCAGUGACAAUGGCCGCGCCGACUUCGCGAGUCGGGUUCUCAACAAUGGAAGCCCACAGAGUGGCACUCACCCCCACCCGUUCGAGAUGUCCUUCAACUAUGUUGGUCAGCAUCGUGAUCUUCAGCGAGAAGACGGUCUUUUCAAUCUGGUUGAUCAAAUGGCCGGCGAGACUGGUCAGGGUAGUGAUGAUGCUGACUUUGGACGCGUUACUCCCCGCUUCGGUCUGUUUGAGAUUUCCGCUAUGGUAGUUGCUGGCAAGAUUCGCUUUACAUUCUCCUUCAACAAGUUCAUGCAGCACCAGGACCGUAUCCACUCAUGGGUAUCACAGUGCCAGAAGCAGCUCGUUGCGCUUUCGGAUCAACUAUCGACCAUGCCUUCCCGAUUGACAUUGAGCUCAUUUCCUAUGCUUUCUUUGCAAUAUGACAGUCUCCAGAAUAUGCUCACGAAGAAGCUGCCUGCGCUUGGUAUCACAUCACCUGACAUGAUUGAGGAUAUCUAUCCCUGCUCGCGUAUGCAACAGGGUAUUCUACUUGGCCGCAGUCGUGACAGUUCCUACUAUGCUGUUCAUGACACAUUUGAAGUUCAGGGUACAGGAUCUACCGCACCCAACAUUGAUCGACUCGUAGAGGCCUGGAAGGAGGUUGUUUCUCACCAUGCCAUGUUCCGCACUAUCUUCGUCGAGAAUCUCACCCCACACGAUCCGUUCAGCCAGGUUGUCUUCAAAGAGUUUGACCCCACUCCUGUUUUCUUGCAAUCAGUCGGAGACAGUGAUGUAAUGGCUACCUUCGAUGCCCAGGAUCCCAAAGACUAUAACGAUCUCACUCCGGCGUACCGGUUCAGUAUUUGCCAGACAUCGACGAACAGAAUCUUCUGUCGCAUUGAGUUGAGUCACGCUGCCAUGGAUGGUAACUCCAUCUCUAUCAUCCUUCGUGAUUUGCAGCUUGCAUACGUUGGAAGAUUACAGGAGAGCCCUCGCCCCCUGUUCAAGGACUACAUUCGCUUCCUGCAGGAUGCUCCACAGAAGGCCAGCAUUGAAUACUGGCAAUCUUAUCUUUCAGAUGCUAAGCCUUGCAUGUUUCCGACUCUCAUCGAUGGUAAGAAAGGACAGGAGAAAACCCUUCGGUCGAUGCCAGUGAACUUUAGAUCUUUGGCCCAGCUCCAAAGAGUGUGUGAAAAGAAGGGAAUCACCUUAUCCAAUGUGUUCAAUGCGGCAUGGGGUCUUACUUUACGCCUUUUCUGCGGAUCUGAUGAUGUUUGCUUCAGUUACAUGGCUUCACUGCGCGAUGUGAGUGCCGAUGGCAUUCAAUCGGUCGUCGGUCCAGUUAUCAAUCUCAUGGUUUGCCGGAUGAAGAUGUCGAGUGACGCACUGCUCAGCGAUGUUCUUCAGCAAAUUCAAGACGACUACAUGGAGAGCCUUCCAUUCCGCCACACUUCUCUCAUUGACAUUCAACAUGCACUGAAGCUGUCCGAUGCAAACCUGUUUAACUCAGGUGUUUCAUACCGCCGCCUCCCUGGUGCGAAGGAUGCGGUGGCCAGUGAUAUUGAGUGUGUGGAGGUUGGAUCUAUCCAUGACCCUGCCGAAUUCCCCGUUUUCAUUAACAUUGAAGCUAUGGACACAAAAGCGAGGAUCAACAUCAACUACUGGACCACUAGUCUGUCUGAUGCUCAGGCUCUCAAUGUUGCUAACACUUACGUCCAGUAUUUGGAGAGCAUCACGACACACAUUGAGAGUGAACUUCGCUCUCUCAAUGUAUUGAGCCAGAGCAACAAGGAAGAUAUACUCUCCUGGCACAGGAAUACACCUCAAACAAUCGAGAAGCACGCCUACCAGGUUGUUCAGGAAAUGGCCAGCAAGAAGCCAGAGGCAUUGGCAGUCACAUCUUGGGACGGUAGUCUGACAUACUCCAAGCUGGACCAGUACUCCUCCCGCCUUGCUACCUAUCUGGUAACUUUUGGUGUUGGACCAGGCAGUCUGAUCCCGACCUCGUUUGAUAAAUCAGUGUGGAACAUUGUCGCCGUGCUCGCCAUCAUGAAAGCAGGAGGUGGUUGCAUUCCCAUUGACUCUCCAAAGACCAUGAGUCUAAUCGAGCCAUGGAUCGUUGAGAACGCCGUGCAAGUUGCACUCGCAUCCCCCGACAAGGCACAGGUUCUUGAGAACACGAUUCCAUACGUCAUUCCGGUAACAGAAUCGCUCCUUGAAUACCUCAAUGAUGAGCCUCUUAUUUCUGCGGCAGGUCCAACGGACCCUGCUUACGUUGCUUUCUCUGCUGGUACUCUGAAGACUGCCCGAGCUGUCGUCCUCAACCAUUCGAGCAUCAUGACAAGAGCCGAGGCCUUCGCGUCAUCCCUGAAGCUUAACGAUACGUCAAGAGUGCUUCAAUUUGCCGCCCAUACCAGUGAUCUGUUCAUUCUCGAAGCGAUUGGCGCCUUCAUGCAUGGUGGUUGUCUAUGCAUCCCUACUGAUGCGAACCCAGCCACCCUGGCGACUGCGAUCAAUGCCCUUCAUGCUAACACUACCUGUAUUACGCCGAGCAUUGCCACUUACAUCAGCCCCAGGGAUGUCCCUGGCCUACAGGUGGUGGCUAUUUUUGGGGAACUGGCAAUUGAGGGCGUACUCCAGAAGUGGCAAGUAGAAGACCUACAGCUCCACCAAUUCUUUGGAGCCACAGAAAUCUCAUCCUCUUGUUUCCAUACGACAUCUGCCAAGACAUCAUCUGAAACGAUUGGAUCGGCAGCCUCUUGUUUCUGUUGGGUUGUUGACCCUUCCAACCACAACAACUUGGUUCCUGUUGGUGCUGUUGGCGAAUUAGUUGUUGAAAGUCCAGGUCUUGCCUCCCGAUACCUCGGCGAAGGAGACGCCACUUGUUUCUUCGAAGCCCCUUCUUGGUUGGCUUCCAUGGAAGACCAAUCUGACGCGGGAUCGGCUCCGCCUCGUAAAUUCUUCAAGACUGGAGACCUUGUCCGCUACAAUUCAGAUGGGUCUUUCGCCUAUGUCGGGCGGAAGUACGUAGAUCGUCACUUUGUGCCAUGCGCCGAACGCCUCCAUGUUGAACAGUGCAUCCACGUCUUUCUUGCGUCCAAGCGACGCGCUGUGGUGGACACUUUGUUGUUUGGAGGCGAACAACAGGUUGUUAUCUUCAUUUGCACAAGCGAUGCCUCUUCCGCCAGCUUUGAUGAACGGGUUAUCCAGAAUUCGGCGCCCGAGUUGAAGACAACUAUCUCGGCACUACACACUCACUUGUCCACAAAGAUUCCCGCAAGCAAGGUCCCGAGUUUCUACAUCCCCAUCUCCUCCAUACCCCUUACCCCCUUCGGUAAGACUAACUAUCAGAGCUUGAACGCUGAAAUACUAGACUUGUCUACCACAGCUCUUGCGUCCUUUGAUGUGAAGAAGUGGGCUCGAACUCAAUCUGCAAACAGAAUUUCUCGCCAGAGUUUCUCAAAUACUAAUCUCGACUUUUGGAGAGAGUAUCUCGCCGAAAUUGAGCCAUGCAACUUUCCAGCCAUCUCCCAAGAAACCGGCAAGAAGGGUCGCUCAACCCGGACCCUCAACAAGCAAACCAAUCAAUUGCACGCAUUUGCCAGAAUGGCUGGGGUUUCUGUUGAAAUCUUGUUCCAGUUUGCAUGGGGUUUGGUUUUGCGAUGCUACACCGGUAACGACGAUGUCUGUUUUGGAUACUGGCUCUCCCAGACAGACGAUCCAUCUUCCAUCGCCAUUGCACGUUUGAUUCUGAACAACGAUCUAAAUGUUGAUGAACUACUGCAAAAGACAAAGAACAACUUUGAGAAGAGCAAGGAGAACUUUGCCGACCUCACUGUCGUCAAGCAACGGCUUGGUUUUGACGAUGCGAAUGUUUUCAACACCCUUCUUACUUACCGCGCCGUUGAUUCUCUACCUCCACGGCGAGCCAGAGAUACAGCUACUUCAAAAGCCUACAACAUUGCUAUUACAGCACAGGUCUCUACAUCUGUCGCAGAGAUCCAUUUCAGCUACUCCACAGAGACUCUUACAUCCGUCCAGGUCACUCAUGUCAUCGAUACUUUCGAUCAAAUUCUCAACGAUAUAAUUUCUGUUGAUCCUCGCAAGCGAAACAUUGGAAGUGUCGACCUUUUGUCCCAGCGAUCCUGCCGCCAAAUCCGUGACUGGAAUGCCACCACACCACUACGCGUUGAAAAGUGCGCCGAUGAACUCAUUCAACAGCAAGCCCUCCUCCACCCUCGCGCCGAAGCUAUCUGCUCGUGGGACAAGGAUUUCACCUAUGGUCAGCUCGACAUCGUGGCUAGCCGACUUGCUCGCUACCUGACUGGCUUCGGUAUCAAGCCGGAAACUUUCGUUGUUCUGUGCUUUGAAAAGUCUGCCUGGGCGAUUGUUGCACAGUUGGCUGUCCUUAAAGCCGGUGGAGCCUUUGUGUCCAUCGAUCCUUCGCACCCCGAUUCGCGUCUUCAAAUGCUGAUUGACGAGAUCGGUGCUGAUUUGGUUCUCUGCUCAACCUCUUUACAGCCAAGAAUGGCUAAGCUUUGCAAAAAGGCUCUCGCUGUGUCCCAGACAAGCAUUUCUCAACUACCGGAAUCACCAUUGGCCUUGCCUGGUGUACGUCCAACUCCUGGAAACGCUGCUUAUGCCAUUUUUACCUCUGGAACUACUGGAAAGCCUAAGGCAACCGUCGUGGAACACAUAGCGCUCAGCACAACCGCUAUCGCCAUGAUGGAUGCACUGCACAUGAACUCCGGAACUCGUGCAUUGCAAUUCUCAAACUACACUUUCGAUGUCAGCGUUCUCGAGAUCAUGAUGACCUUGAUGACCGGUGGUUGUGUCUGUGUCCCCAGUGAAGAGGAGCGCAUGAACAACCUCGGUGGCGCCAUUCGCCGUAUGGAGGCUAAUUACAUGUCUUCUCCUCCUGCCAUUGUCAAUACCCUAGAGCCGAAAACUGUUCCCACCCUCAAGACCAUCAUCACAGGAGGUGAAAAGAUGCCCGCCAACCACAUUGAUCGCUGGAAUGAUCGAUUUGUCAUUAAUGCCUACGGGCCCUCAGAAGCCACCGUUGUUGCGACCGUCGGUGUCAAGAUUGACUGGGAUGGAAACCGUGUUAAUGAUGAUCCUACCUCAAUCGGUGUUGCUGCCAAUUGUCGAGUCUGGAUUGUUGAUCCCAACAACCACAAUCGCCUUCUCCCCGUCGGCGCUGUGGGUGAGAUGUUGCUUGAGGGCAGUAACAUUGCCCGUGAAUACCUCGGAAAUGCUGAAAAGACCAGAGCUGUCUUCGUCGAGGAUCCCGUAUGGAGUCAUCACACUGGUCUCCAUGGAAUCUUUAAGCGCAGUGACCGAAUGUACCGCACUGGUGAUCUUGUCAGGUACAACAGCGAUGGCACCCUCGCGUUCAUUUCCCGCAAGGACACCCAGAUCAAGUUCAACGGACAACGUAUCGAGCUCGAGGAGAUUGAGCACCAGUGCACCCGUUGUCUCCCUGAGGGAUCGCAGGUUGCCGUUGAUGUUGUUGUUCCCCAGGGAAAGACCGUCGCUAAAGGUCUUGCUGCAUUCUUCACCGUCCACGAUGGAGACUCGGAGAAGGGUGGCACCAACGAUCAAUUCGCUCCCACCAUCCCGGGAGCUGACCCUCUUCUCUUGCCAAUUUCUGUCAAUAACAUGGAUGCUGUGCAGAAGCUGAAAAGUUCUCUUCCGGACUAUCUUCCCCAGAGCAUGAUGCCUCGUCUUUUCUUCCCUCUUCGCAACCUUCCCUUUACAUCUUCUGCGAAGAUUGACCGCAGGCGUCUCCGUGCCAUGGUCCAGACUCUGUCUAAGGAGACCUUGAAGUCUUAUAUCACUUUCAAUACUGGCGUGAAGGCCGAAGAAGCUUCGGAUAAUGGCAUUGAAGGAAAACUUAGAGUUCUUUGGGAGAAGACCCUUGAUCUUGAACAGGGAUCCGUUACGAAUGAAGACAGCUUCUUUGCCCUUGGUGGUGAUUCAUUCUCUGCUAUGAAUCUGGUGGGUGCUGCUCAGGCUGAAGGAAUCCCACUGAACGUCGCUACGAUUUUCAAGACACCUGUUCUAAUUGACAUGGCGAAGGUUUGCUCAAGUGCAAAAGAGGUAGCGCCUGUCAAGCACCAACCUCUUGAUCCAUUCUCCCUUUUGCCUUCCGGUGUUGAUCUUGAGCUUCUUCUUGAUGAGAUAAGCGAAGGCUGUUUGGUCUCCAAGGAUUGUGUUGCCGAUGUCUAUCCAUGCAGUGCUGUCCAGGAAGGACUACUGACUAUGUCAAUCAAGCACCACGGUGCAUAUGUUGCACAACCAGCUUUCCGUCUUGCCGACGGUGCUAAUAUUGAUCGCUUCAAGGCUGCCUGGGAGCAGACUGUCGUCGACCUUGACAUUCUCCGAACCCGCAUCAUCCAUACCGAAGCGAUGAACUUUGCCCAAGCUAUCCUCAAAGAGGACCCCAUCUCUUGGGUGCAUGCUGAGUCUUUUAGCCAACUCCCCAAGGACUCAAUUGAGCUUCCAAAGUUCAACGGUGCUCGUUUGACUGGCUACGCCAUAGUCCAGCCCCGGGGUUCAUCUGUAUCGUACUUCGUUUGGUCCGUUCACCACGCCUUGUACGAUGGUUGGAGUAUCCCAUUGAUUUACAGACGUUUUGAAGAGAACUACAAGGCCUCACUGAACAAGGAACCAGCAGCUUCCUAUGGUCUUUUCAUAGAGUACCUUGCCAAGAAAGAUAUGGCAGAGUGUGAUGCAUUCUGGAAGUCAUACUUGUCAGAGAUCUCAACCACUCCUUUCCCGCAAAACAAGAAUGCUGUUCCAGAUGUCAUCCGCGCCGGUAAUACCCAGCAUCAUCAGAUGGAAAUUUCCCGACCGACGAACAGUGUCGACUACACACUUCCCAUUCUCCUGCGUGCUGCUUGGGCCAUAGUUGUCUCUACACAUACUUCAUCUCCUGAUGUAUGCUUUGGAGAGACACUCUCCGGUCGCAAUAUUGACCUCCCUGGCGUUGGCGAUAUCGCUGGUCCUGUCUUGAGUACCGUGCCAACACGCGUCAAAGUCGUCAAAGACAUGUCGAUUCUCCAGUACCUCGACUCAAUUCAUCAAUCCACCACUGAGAUGAUUCCUCAUCUCCACGCAGGUCUACAGCGUAUCCGUCAGAUCGAUUCUGAUACGGCCUCCGGCUGCAACUUCCAGAAUUUACUGGUAAUUCAACCCACCGAGGGUCAAUUAAAUGACAGCAUCUGGAUCGAUGAGAAGCGCGAAACUAGCGAAGACUUCUUUACCCACCCUCUUGUCCUGGAAUGUGGUAUUUCCAAGACUAGCAUUUCUUUCACUGCCCACCACGACGAGCUGGUGGUGAGUGGUUGGCAGACCAAUCGACUAAUUGAACAGUUUGGUCAUGUUUUGAAGCAGCUCAUGUCCAUUCCCAAGGGAAGCAGUGGCAAAGUGUCCGACUUGGAGGUCGCUAGCUCCCAGGACGUAGCUACCAUUGCUGAAUGGAAUCAGCGUGUGCCACUAACAGUUGAGAAGUGUGUUCACGAGUUUAUUCGUGAGAAAUCGAUUGAGAAUCCUGAUGCGCCGGCUGUCUGCGCCUGGGAUGGAGAACUCACUUAUAGAGAAUUCUGGGACUUGGCCUCAUUAUUUGCCAAUUACCUGGUCUCUCGUGGAGUUGGCCCUGAAGUCUUGGUCCCUGUCUGUCUUGACAAGUCUGCCUGGACAAUGGUCACUCUUAUUAGUAUCUUGAUUGCGGGCGGUGCUUACGUUCCCCUCGAUCCUCACCACCCUACUUCCCGGCAUGAGGAGAUUUUGGCUGAUGUUGGAGCUAACAUGAUUCUUUGCACUCCAAACUACACGGCCAAGUACACCAGGGUGGUCAAAACUGUCAUUCCAAUCAGUAAGGAGACACUGAAAGCGUAUGGCUCCAUCAACUCUUCUUCCAAGAGCCGUGAUCAAGUCACUCCAUCCAACAUGGCUUACGCCCUCUUCACAUCUGGCAGCACCGGACGUGCCAAGGGUAUCAUUGUUGAGCACCGAAAUGCUGUUAGCAGUAUUAUGUCUUUCGCCCCUGUUACAUCGUUGACUUCAACAUCCAGAGUAUUCCAAUUUGCAUCCCUCACAUUUGAUGCUGCUAUCCUCGAAACACUGGCAAUCUUGAUGCUUGGUGGUUGUAUCUGUGUUCCAAGUGAAGAUGAGCGCCUCAACGACGUGUCCGGCGCCAUCAGACGUAUGAAUGUGAAUUGGGUCUUCCUGACACCGGCAAUCGCGGGCAUCAUUGAGCCAUCAUCUGUUCCCUCUGUCCGAUAUAUGACCGUGGGCGGAGAACAGGUUAUGCAAGAGGUCGUCAACAAAUGGGUGAAUUGUGUGAAGUUUAUGAACGUUUACGGACCGACAGAAACUUGCGUUUUCGCUACCGUUGAUACCGAGGUGGCAUCUCACCGCGAUCCAGGUCGCAUUGGCCAUGGCAUUCCAAGCACACUGACCUGGAUUGUGGAUCCCGAGAAUCACCACAAACUAGCACCAUUGGGUGCGGUCGGUGAACUCGUUCUUGAGGGAAUGUCUCUAGCAAGAGAGUACAUGAAGAACCCCGAGAAAAAUGCCGAGUGCUUCAUUGAAGAUCCGGCUUGGGGAAAGGCUUUCAAGUCCCACCUGCCGUCUCCCAGGAGAAUUUACAAGACCGGAGAUCUCUGCUACUACAACGCCAAUGGCUCGGUGCAGUACGUCAGUCGCAAAGACCACCAGGUCAAGGUCAAUGGGCAGCGCAUGGAGCUCGGUGAGAUUGAGCAUCGCAUCGCAGCAAACGCCCUCGUCCGCAAUGCUGUUGUCAUCUUACCCAAGACUGGCCCUUUCAAGAAACGCCUGGUUACAGUCAUGUCAAUAAACAGCAUUUCCGCGGACACCAAACUCAUUUCCGACAAGCCCUGCGAGCUACUUGAUGAGGAUGAUUUCAACAUCACAGGUCUCGCUGGCCUGGCCGAAGUCCAAAAAAGCCUCGAGUCUCAGCUUCCGAUCUACAUGGUUCCAGCAUCCUGGGCUUUGAUCAAGAAGCUCCCUAUGCUGGUUUCUGGAAAGCUUGAUCGUAAGAGAAUUACAGCAUGGCUUGAAAGCAUUGAUGACGAAACUUACGACCGCAUCAUGCAAGAUUACGAUUCUAUGAAGCGUGGCCCAACCGAGAAGCCACAAAAGCAGCAGGAGCAUGAUGGCUCACUCAAGAUCAUUCGUGAAAUUUUCUCGCAGGUCUUGAACAUCUCCCUGUCAAAGAUCAACGUGGACCGAUCAUUCGUCAGCUUGGGCGGAGACAGUAUCACCGGCAUGGCAGUUAUCUCACGGGCGCGUAAACAGGGCCUCGUUUUGACUUUGAACGAUAUUCUACAAAGUAGAACAGUCAAGGAGCUGUCACAAUUUGCCACUUCCAAGGCUCCUGCUGUCAUCCACCGCGAGGAGAAGAUUGGAGAGGAAUUUGCUCUCUCUCCUGUGCAGAAGAUGUACAUGCAGUCCUCAACUUCUUUCCAAGGUGCAGCCCGCUUCAACCAGAGCAUGACUGUUCGCAUCUCUCGCAGAGUGGAAGGCGAGGUCUUGCGACGGGCGAUCAAGGCCGUGACCACCCAGCACGCCAUGUUCCGUGCCCGCUUCAGCAAGGGUAUUGAUGGAAAAUGGCAACAAAAGGGAGCUGCAGAGGUUGAUGAGUCCUUCCGGUUCCGUUUGCACUCUGUCAGUGACACGCGUGGUAUGGUUCCUAGAAUUGCCGAGAGCCAGUCCUGCUUGGAUCCCAUGAAUGGUCCCAUCUUUGCAGCUGACCUAUUCAACCUGCGCACGGGUGGCCAGGUACUAUUCUUGGUCGCUCACCAUCUAUGUGUCGACAUGGUUUCUUGGCGCAUCGUUCUCUCUGAUCUUGAGGAGCUGGUCGUCUCUGGCUCUCUCUCAGAUGAGAAGGCACUAUCAUUCCAAAGCUGGUGUGCGAUGCAACUCGAUCGAUCAAAAACCCAUGAUAUUGAUCUUGAGCUGCCCUUUACCCCCGAAGCGUCAAAUCUCGCUUACUGGGGUAUGCAAGACUCCCCCAAUGUUUACGGUGACAUCAAAAUGGAAUCUUUCAGCUUGAGUGAAGAGGCUACAAAGUUCAUCCUGGAAGGUUGUCAUGAAGUUUUCGGAACCGAGACUGUCGAUGUCCUGCUCGCAUCUAUCAUAGACUCGUUUGGGCAGGUUUUCGCUGACCGCAAGAUUCCAACAAUCUACAACGAAGGUCAUGGCCGUGAAUCAUGGGAUGCCAGCAUCGACCUCUCUCGAACUGUCGGCUGGUUUACCACCAUGUCUCCAUUGCAUGUUGAUGGACAGCAAGGAGGUAUCAUUGAUAUGAUCAAACGUGUCAAGGACACUCGUCGAAAGAUAGUUGAUAAUGGUCGGCCCUAUUUUGCAAAGAGCCUGCUUCAAUCUGGGGGUGAUGAUUUCCAAGUCCCAUUGGAAAUUCUCUUUAACUACCUUGGGAAGAUGCAACAGCUUGAGCGGGCAGACUCCCUUUUCCGUCAUCAAGGUAACGUGUUUGACAGCUCCGAUUUCGCCGUCGCGGGCGACAUGGGCCCUGAGACCGUUCGUUUUGCCCUUUUCGAGGUCUCUGCUAUUGUUGUGAAAGAGCGCCUAAACGUUGCGUUCACUUACAACCGCAACAUGAAAAAUGAAGGCCAGAUUCGCCGCUGGAUUCUCCAGUGCAAGCAGACUUUAGAGAAGGACAUGUCAACACUCAAGACUGCUGCACCUGAGCCUACCCUUAGCGACUAUCCUCUACUGCCAAUUGACUACAAAGGGCUGCAGAGCUUGACCAACAAUACUUUCCGCAAGCUUGGUAUUCGCAGCAAGAGCGACGUGGAGGAUAUUUAUCCUUGUUCGCCCAUGCAAGAAGGUCUGCUCCUUAGCCAACUUCGAGACCCCAGUGCCUACAUGUUUCAUACCAUCUUUGAGAUUAAGGAUUCUCGCAUUGGCAAGGUCGACGCUGAAAGGCUCGCCCAGGCAUGGCAGAUGCUUGUUGAACGGCACCCUGUUCUUCGAACCGUGUUCAUUGACAGCAACUAUAGUGGUGGAUCAUUUGAUCAGCUUGUCUUCAAGAAGAUCCCUGAUUAUGUCCUCCGCGUGGAAUGCCCCGAGUGCGAUGUCCACGAAAAGCUUGGUGCCAUCUCCCUUCACAAUAUCAACGCCAUGCGCCCAGCCAAGAUCUCCAACCAGUUCACUGUUUGCAAAACCCCUCCAGGACGGGUGUUCGUCAAGCUUGAAAUCAACCACGCCAUCAUCGAUGGAGGUGGUGUGGAUGUCUUGUUGCGUGACCUGACCUUAGCUUAUGACCGACGGCUUCCUGAAGGCUCCGGACCAUCCUUUAGCGAGUACAUCAAGUUCAUCAGAACUCAAAGCCGAGGUCAGGCCCUAGAUCACUGGAAGAAGUACCUCAGCGGUGUCAAUCCCUGCCAUCUGGCCUCGAAUGCUGGCUACCAGGCCAAGCGUGAACUCAAGGGUAUUCUGAUGAACUUCCAGCGAUAUCCAGAGUUGCUAGUUUUCUGCGAACGGGCCUCCGUCACCCUAUCAAACUUGACUCUUUCAGCCUGGGCCAUCGUCCUAAAGCAAUUCACUGGUUCUGAUGAUGUCUGCUUUGGCUACCUGUCUGCUGGGCGUGAUGCUCCUGUGAACGGAAUUCAAGACAUGGUCGGAAUCUUUAUCAACAUGCUUUGUUGUCGCGUGAAGUUCUCGCCAUCAAACACAUUGGAUCAUGUCUCGAAGCGUGUCAACGCCGACUACAUCAGCAGUAUUCCCCACCAAAGCUGCUCGCUGGCGAGCAUUCAGCAUGAACUUGGUUGGCAGGGCCAGUCCCUUUUCAACACUACCUUGUCAAUCCAGAACCACACUGUUGCUGGGGGUACCAAGGACAGUGGAUUGACCUUUGAUUUGCAACAUGCUCACGAUCCUAGUGAGUACGCUGUCACCGUCAAUGUGGAUAUUUCUCGAGGAAGUGAAGGUAUUAUGCUGCGUUACUGGAGUGAUGUCGUCUCUGAUGAGCAAGCCCAGUCCUUGGUGGACACUAUUGCCAAGGUGUUCACUGGCUUUAUUGAGGCCCCCACUGCCACUGUUUCCUCAUUGAACCUCCAUGGUAGUGUUGCAGAUGAGCUGGCUUCGGAGUCGAUCUACUCCCAGUCCACUGCGAACGAAAAGGUGAAGGCUGUGAUUGAUCCGUUGGAUGGAGUUGCUAUUCAGAAGAUUAUCGAUAACCGUGUUCAUGAGAUUAUUGGGCAGAUGUUGAGGGAGGGCAAGUUGAUGGUUCCACAAAUCCAGACCUCUAGCCUUUCUGGCUAUGGUCACACUGAUGAUGGAAUCGAUUCGCCUUACCCAAUGGAAGGAAAUUUGGGAGCCGACGAUUCGGGUGUUUGUUCAGCAACAUCGCGAUGCAGUGAGGAGGGUAUGUCGGCCGAUGUGGAGAGGAGACUUUGGAACCUUUGGAGUACUGCUCUGGGUCUAUCGCCAAAUGUCGUGAGACAUCAGGAGAGCUUCUUCAAGCUUGGAGGAGAUAGCAUCAUUGCCAUGAAGAUGGUCAGUGCUGCUCGUGAAGAAGGGUUUGUGCUUACUGUUGCGGAUGUGUUCAACAAUCCUGUUUUCGAGGAUAUGCUCACCACUGUCCGCGCUGCCAAUGUUACGCAGCAGAUUCUGAACGCUGAUCUCCAGUCCGCUCAUAAGGAGAUUCAGUCAUUCCCGGGCAGCAAACCAACCACCCUGGCAGCGACUCCGUCUUCCGAAAGCAUCACUGUAUUACGUCCUGCCAAGGCCAUGGAUGAUGAUUCAGUGCAACGGGGUAUUUGCCCCAAGAUCGGCGUUUUCAAGGGCGGCAUCGCCGAUGUCCUCCCUGUUACAGACUUCCAGGCAAUGUCCCUGACUGCGACUCUUUUCAAGUCCCGGUGGAUGUUGAACUACUUCUUCCUGGAAGGCAACGGUCCCGUGGAUCUCCGGCGUCUUCGUGAGAGCUGUCUCAAGGUCGUCGAUGCAUUCGAUAUCUUGCGCACUGUAUUUGUGUGCUUCCAUGAUCAAUUCUUCCAGGUCGUACUGCGCAAGAUUCGCCCAAGUAUCUUUGUUUACGAUACCGAUCGUGGCCUGGAUGAGUUUACUAUGACUCUUCAGCAGCGUGACAGAGAGUAUGGCCCACGCGAGGGUGAACAAUAUGUUCAGUUCUACGUCGUCAAGAAGAAAGGAAGCGACCAGCACCGCAUUAUGAUCCGCCUUUCUCAUACCCAGUAUGAUGGAGUGUGCAUCCCGAAGAUAAUGUCUGCUCUCAAGUAUGGUUAUGAAGGCAGUCCUUUGCCACCGGUUACUCCCUAUGCCAGCUACCUUCGCCAACUGCCCGGGACGAUUGGCCCGGAUCAUUACAACCACUGGUCCAAUCUCUUGAAGGGGUCGAUGAUGACACAAGUUGUCCAACGCAAGGGUACAACCAUGUUCCAAAAUGUUGGAGCCUUCACUGAGAUCCGCAAGACAAUCGAGAUUCCUCCAACUGCUCUUGGAAAUGUGACCAUCGCGACACUCAUGCAAGCUUCUUGGGCCUUAACUCUCGCCAAAUUGUCUUCCCAGUCUGACGUCGUUUUCGGUCUUACUAUCAGCGGCCGUAACGCUACUGUCCCUGGUAUUGAGACAACUGUCGGCCCAUGCGUCAAUGUCAUCCCUGUCCGUGUGAACUUCAACGACAGAUGGACCGGUCUGGAGCUCUUCCGCUACCUCCAAGACCAGCAAGUCUCCAAUAUGCCCUACGAGUCCCUGGGCUUCCGAGAAAUCAUCAAGCACUGCACCGACUGGCCGGCCUGGACUUACUUUACCACGUCUGUCUUCCACCAGAAUCUCGAUUAUGAGGGAUCGCUCGAGCUCGACAACACCAAGUACCGCAUGGGCGGUGCAGGCGUCAACGACAACUUUGCGGAUUUGACAAUGGUCUCCCGCCCAGCAGACGAUCGCAACUUAAACAUUACUCUCGGUUACUCCGAGAAGGGGCCUAUCCUUCCUGAUUUCGCAGAUAAGGUCCUUGAAAUGGUUUGCGAGACCGCACAGUCUUUGAUCGCAAACCCAUCAACCGCCCUCCCAUCCCCCAACAUGCUGCGCUCCCUACCACCUCAAGUCGUCGACGACCUGCCCCGCACAACAGACGAGCAUUUCCUCAGUGCACACCUUAAGUCGCGCUCCAUCGCCGAGCUCCUGGUUCACUCGGACAUCCUUUCUCGCUCGUGGCACCAGGUUCUGCCUCCCCGCACCUCAACCACCACCAUCGACUCAGACGCAAAUGACAAGCCCGCGAAUCAAACAGCAUUCCAGCUUGACUCGUCUUUCUUCGAUCUGGGUGGUGACAUCUUCAACAUGGCCCAGCUGACUUGGUUGCUUGAACAAGAGGGCCUUAAGGUCCGCCUUGAGGAUCUGCUUGAGCACCCAUCUUUCUUGGGCCAGAUGGCUGUUCUGGCGCUUCAUAAUGCUAAGCACCAAGAGGAACUACCGGCCGAUUUCGCUACUGGCGCCGUGUCGCCUGAUCCGGCUGUGAGAACUCGGGUUGAGAAGAAGAAGACCUGGGAGAAGGCCAUGACUCUUGCUAGGAAAUUGACCCGCCGCAACAGCAGUAUGGUGCCUAGUCGUGCUUGA